UGAAAAUAACGACUGCAGAAGUCACUCAUCAUGACAGUUGAUGAUUUCAUGGUUUGUCAAAAUGAUAUUUGCGGUCAUCAGACCGGUUUUUGCACAUACAAGAGUCAUUAGUGAUCACACUCACACUGCUCUGUCUCUGCACAUCACAGCACAGCACAGCCGUGAGCUCCUGCAGUAAGCAGGUUCAGUAAGAUGAACCGGGAAAUCAGGAAACGAGAACAUCAGGGACCGGUUGGAGACAGAGGACAGUGGACCAGUAAAACUGAAUAUAUUCUAGUGGUUGCUGGAAAUGUGGUCGGUUUGGGCAACGUGUGGAGAUUUCCUUACCUCUGCUACAAGAAUGGAGGAGGAGCCUUCCUGGUGCCGUAUUGUCUGUUAGCUGUGGUGGUUGGAAUUCCUCUGUUCCUGCUGGAGACUGCAAUGGGUCAGUACACACAGGAAGGAUUUAUCACCAGUUGGAAAAAACUGUGCCCACUGGCACAAGGGAUCGGAUAUGGAUAUUUCAUGAUGAAAGUUUAUGACUUCAGCUACAUAUUAGUCCAGGUGUGGGCUAUCUUCUACCUGGUGUUCUCUUUCCAGUCUGAACUGCCAUGGGCCAACUGUGACAACACCUGGAACACAGCUGAUUGUCUUGGUCUUUUUAAUUCAUCUAACCUGACAGUGAGUCAGACCAACGCCACCUCUGCUGCAACUGAGUUCUGGGAACGCCGGGUGUUGGCCAUGUCUGGAGGUAUUGAAGAGCUGGGCAGUGUUCGGUGGGAGCUGGCUCUGUGUCUACUGGCCAGCUGGGUCGGCUGCUAUUUCUGUAUUUGGAAAGGAGUCCGAUCUUCUGGGAAGGUGGCAUACUUUACAGCCACGUUCCCUUAUGCGAUGCUGCUGAUACUCCUCAUCAGAGGCCUAACUCUGCCUGGAGCCUGGGAUGGCAUUUAUUUUUACCUGUAUCCAGAGUUGGAGAAGCUGGCUGACCUGGAGGUCUGGUUAGAGGCGGGUUCUCAAAUAUUUUUCUCCUACAGCCUGACUAUUGGGACACUGAAUGUUUUAGGCAGCUAUUGUGAGUACAACAACAACUGUUACAAGGACUGCUUUUGGCUGUGUCUGCUGAACAGCGCCACCAGUUUUGUCGCCGGAUUCGUCGUCUUCUCCGUUCUUGGAUUCAUGGCUCAGAAACAGGGUGUGAGCGUCAGAAAUGUGACCGAGUCAGGUCCUGGUUUGGCAUUCAUCGCUUACCCUCAAGCAACAGCAAUGAUGCCUCUGCCACAGCUCUGGACCAUCUGUUUCUUCCUGAUGCUCAUUCUUUUGACGGUCGACACACAUUUUGUGACGGUCGAGAGCGUCAUCACCUCCGUGAGCGACUUGUAUCCGAAGCUGUUUCACGCGCCGGGACGACACGAGAUCUUCGUCUUUGUCGUCUGUGCCUCGUUUUUUCUCCUUCAUCUGACCUUGGUCACUGAGGGAGGCAUUUAUGUCUUCCAGCUGAUUGACUAUUAUGGUUGUACCAGAGCCUGUCAGGACUUCAUGGCUGUAUGCCAGUGUGUGGCCAUAGCCUGGAUCUUUGGUGGUGACCACUUUUGUAACAUCAUCAAGGACAUGACGGGACAGAGGCCUUGUCUUCUGUUUAAAGUGUGUUGGAAAUACAUCGUCCCUCUGCUGUCGCUGGUUUCCUUUUUCUUGUACCUGGUCGACUACAAACACCUGAAGAUUAACGAUCACUACAUCUACCCCGACUGGGCGUACGCGCUGGGAUGGACCAUGACUCUGUCCUCUGUCCUCAUGGUGCCACUUUGGGCAGGUGGACAGAUGUGUCUGACAAAGGGAACCUUUGUACAGCGUCUGUCCAUCCUUUGUCGUCCUGUGAAACCUCCAGCCCGUCAUACAGAAAACUGCAAACUGGACGAGGAGGCGACAGUUGAACUUAAUAUGACCUGUGAAGCUACAUGAACACACCCUCAAAUACUGCACAUUUAUAUCUGCUGUCUUAUUUUAUAUUUUGGUUUGAAACGUGUCGAUUGUCCAUAUUUUUUGGUUUAAAGGAAUGUAAGUCUGGAUGUAAAAAAAACAGAUCAGUAUCCCGUUAGAACGUCAAAGUUUAUCGUUUCACAUCAUAACAUGAUCAUUUGGUUUAAACAUGAUUCUUUCACGUUACAAUUUAAAAUCCUAUUUUAAAAGUGAUGCAUUUCACGUUAGAGCAUCAAAACAGGGUUCCCACGCAUUGGUUGACAUCAAAUUUAAGGAUUUUCAAGGACUUUCCAGGACCAAUUCCCUCAAAUCCAAAGAGCGAAUGUACUGAUGCAGCUUAAGACUGGACAACUUCAUUCAAUUCGUCCACUUCCUUCCAACAAAAUUCAAGUGCAAGGGCCUUGAAUUUAUUUUUUCAGAUUUACAAACGUUCAAGGAUUUCAAGGACCCGUGGGAACCCCGUACAGAGUUUAUUGUAAACGCUAUAACAUGAGGUUUAUUACAUAAGCUUGUGAAACACAUCACGUGAUAUUGAUCUUUUUUUAGUUUGCCGUAGGAUGUAUGACACAAAAACAAAACGAGAUGUAACAUCAAAUAUUACACAUCACAGUAUUACAAUUCUUAAACAAAGGCGCAAAUACAGUUUUCAAUAAUGUUUAUUGAGUGUCCAUAUUUUCGAGUGCUUGGGAAAUUAAAAUGUUUGCCAUCA